AUGAAAAUCCUUGUGGCAUUUCUGGCGGUGCUGACCAUCUCUGGGCUACAGUCUCAUGGAUAUGAGGUUUAUAAUGUCUUCAGCCCAAGCAACAGUGGGGGCAACAUUCAAGAGACAGUGACAAUUGACAACCAAGAAAAUACUGCCACUGUUGAUAUCCAUGCAGGAUCCUGCUCUUCUACCACAAUUUUUGACUAUAAACACGGCUACAUCGCCUCCAGGGUGCUCUCCCGAAGAGCCUGCUACAUCCUAAAGAUGGACCAUAAAGCCAUCCCUGCUCUGGACAAACUCCAACGGUACAUCUAUGAGAAGCAGAUGAUGAAAACCAUUACCUCCAGCGAGUACACUUGGGUCAAGUACAACCCACUGCAAUCUCUGAUCGCCAAGGUGGACUGGUUCUUGUUUGGGUCGCCCAUUAAGCAACUCUGUGAACACAUCCCCUUGUAUGAGGGGAAAUUGGUUGAAAAAUCACAUAACACCGGUGCUGGAGUUUGUGCAAAGGCUGGGCUGCUGGGCAUCUUUGGAAUUUCCAUCUGUGCAGGUGCUCAUGUUUAG